GAUGGGCCAGGUGGUUUACCUGAAGGGAAAACGUCUCAGUCUCUCCUGCUGUGGUUAAGGUGAACAAGGGGAAAGGUUGGUGUCGACCAUGCCGGAGAAGCAAGACACACCUCUGAGGCCACUGGAGCCACAAACACGAUGCCUUCGGUGUGGGGAAACCCUGGAGUGGUCAGAAGAACACAGUGUCCUCCUUGGCUGCUCGUGUUGUUCUGCAGUGGAUGAGGCUAUUGAGAAUGUAGCCAGAGGCCUAGCCAACAAAAUGAAGGAGAAAACUCACUGGGCAGCUGGAAGAGUGGGUGACAUUGACUUUAUUGGAUCUACAAAGACUAAAGGAAAGUUUGUGAGGGUUUGCAGCAACACAGACCCAGUUUUGAUUUACAAGAUGCUGACGGAGGAGUGGGGACUCUCUCCUCCACACUUGGUAGUGGCAUUGGUGGGAGGAGAUGAGCUCGCUCAGAUGAAGCCCUGGCUCAGGGACACUCUUAGAAAAGGACUUGUGAAAGCGGCACAGAGCACAGGGGCAUGGAUUUUAACUAACGGUCUGCGCUUUGGGAUAACCAAGCAUUUGGGUCAGGCAGUGAGAGAUCACUCCUUGGCCAGCACCUCCUCUAAAGUUCGUGUAGUGGCCAUUGGUAUCGCACCCUGGAACAUGAUCCACAACCGAGAAGCUCUCCUUACUGCCAAGGUGGAUGAGCCUGCAGUAUACAGACCACAGGAUUUGCCCCAUGGCUCAGUGUAUUCCUUGGACAGUAACCAUUCUCAUUUUGUGCUUGUGGAAGAGGAUCCCAACAGACCAGGAGCCACGAGUGAAAUGAGAGUAAAGCUGCUCAAACACAUCUCCCUUCAGCGGACCGGUUAUGGAGGAGCAGGAAGUUUUGAGAUCCCUGUUCUGUGUCUCCUGGUCCACGGGGAGCCCAGGAUCCUAAAGAGGAUGUAUAAAGGCAUUGGAAAUUUCACACCCUGGCUGAUUCUGGCAGGCUCUGGAGGCGUGGCUGACAUCCUAGUCACGCUGAUGAACAGAGGCUGCUGGGACACAGACAGCGUUCAUGAGCUGCUGUUGGACACCUUUCCUAAUGCCCACCACAGCACGGACAUCAGUAACUGGGUCAAGCUGAUCCAAAAGAUACUCGAUCAUGGGCACCUUCUGACUGUCCAUGACCCAGAACAGGAAAGCUCCGAGCUGGAUACAGUCAUUCUGAAAGCUCUUGUCAAGGCCUGUAAGAGUCAAAGUCAAGAAGCUCAAGACUUUCUGGAUGAGCUGAAGCUGGCUGUGGCCUGGAACAGAGUGGACAUUGCCAAGAGUGACAUUUUUAACGGAGAUGUGGAAUGGAAGGCUUGCGACCUUGAGGAGGUGAUGAUGGAUGCCCUCAUUAAUGACAAACCAGACUUUGUUCGCCUCUUUGUGGACAACGGGGUGAACCUGGGGGAGUUUCUUACCUAUGGGCGCCUACAGGAGCUUUACUGGUCUGUGUCGGAAAAAAGCCUCCUCCACAACCUGCUUCUGAAAAAGUAUGAAGAGAAGCAGCUCUUGCUUGGGGCAGCAAGGACACCUGGUCCACCAGGACACCAUCCCUCUGAGCAAGGAAAACCACGCUUCACCCUUUUUGAAGUAGCCAAAGUCCUGAAGGACUUCCUGCAUGACUCUUGCAAAGGCUUUUACCAAAAGAUGCCUGCUGAGAAACCACCAAAGGGCCGAUUGUUCCACAGCCAGAAGAACCUGCCUGAGUUCGAGGAGCGCUGUGAACAUCCUUGGCGAGAUCUUUUCCUCUGGGCUGUCCUUCAGAACCGACAGCAGAUGGCUAACUACUUUUGGGCCAUGGGCCCCGAGGCGGUAGCAGCAGCUCUGGCAGGAUGUAAGAUUCUGAAAGAGAUGGCACGCCUGGAAUCUGAGGCUGAGUCUGCACGCAGCAUGAAGGAGGCCAAAUACGAGCAGUUUGCCCUUGAUGUCUUUGGAGAGUGUUAUUCCAACAGUGAAGACAGGGCUUAUGCUUUGUUGGUGAGAAGAACACACUGCUGGAGUAAAUCCACGGUUCUCAACUUAGCAACCGAGGCUGAUGCCAAAUCCUUCUUUGCCCACGAUGGAGUUCAGGCUCUCCUCACAAAGCUUUGGUGGGGCGCCAUGACAACAGACACUGCCAUCUCUAAACUUGUGGUCUCUUUCUUCAUUCCACCCCUUAUCUGGACCAACCUCAUCAAGUUUAGUGAGGAGGAACUGGAUAAUCGGGACGGUAAGAAGGAGUUUGUGGAGCUGGACAGCCUUGACACAGAAAAGGCUUUACUGCUAACAGACGAUGAUCCUUUGGAUUCUUCUCCAGGAGGUCAGACAUCUCAGAGCUGUGCCACUGUUUGGUGGCGCUUCCUGCUCCGACGCUGGCGUCGCUUCUGGAGUGCUCCUGUCACAGUGUUCCUUGGCAACGUCAUCAUGUACUUCGCCUUUCUCUGCCUCUUCACUUAUGUGCUUCUUCUAGACUUCCGCCCACCGCCACCUUUUGGUCCCGGAGUUCCAGAGAUACUGCUUUACUUUUGGGUGUUCACCUUGGUGCUAGAAGAAAUCCGACAGAGCUUCUUCACUGACGAAGAGAUGAGCAUCCUAAAGAAAUUUAAGCUGUAUGUCGAGGACAACUGGAACAAGUGUGACAUGGUGGCCAUUUUACUCUUUGUUGUUGGGGUUUCCUGCAGAAUGUCCAAUGGCACCUAUGAAGCGGGGCGGACGGUUAUGGCCAUAGAUUUCAUGGUUUUCACUUUACGCCUCAUCCACAUCUUUGCUAUAAACAAGCAACUUGGCCCCAAGAUCAUCAUUGUGGAAAGAAUGAUGAAGGAUGUUUUCUUCUUCCUCUUUUUUCUGAGUGUGUGGCUAAUUGCUUAUGGCGUAGCUACACAGGCUCUUCUCCACCCCAAUGACCCAAGAAUUGACUGGGUGUUUCGUAGAGCUUUAUACCGCCCUUACCUGCACAUAUUUGGACAAAUCCCCCUGGAGGAAAUAGAUGCUGCUCGGUUCCCGGAUAUUAACUGCACCGAUAAACCAGAAGAGAUUAUCCAGGGUCUGCUACCGCCAUGCCCCAAUCUGUACGCCAACUGGCUGGUCAUUCUACUGCUAGUUAUCUUCCUUCUUGUCACCAAUGUGCUUCUGCUUAACCUCCUCAUUGCCAUGUUCAGCUACACCUUCCAAGUGGUGCAGGGUAACACGGACAUCUUCUGGAAGUUCCAGAGAUAUAACCUGAUUGUGGAAUACUACAGCCGUCCUGCGCUGGCCCCACCCUUCAUCAUCAUCAGCCACAUCUCUCAGCUCUUCCUCUGCAUGGUCAAACGGCCCGAGUCUAAACAGGAACACCUUGAGAGGGAGCUGCCAGCAGGACUAGACCAGAGGCUCAUAACAUGGGAGACGGUGCAGAAAGAGAAUUACCUGGCAAAAGUGGAGCGCCAGCACUGGGAGAGCAGUGAGGAGAGACUCAAGAGCACCUCCUCAAAGGUUCAGAACCUGCUUAAAAUUGUUGGCAGGUUUAAGGACCAAGAGAAGCGACUAGUAUCAGUGGAAUCUCAGGUUAGAUAUUGUGCAGAGGUGCUGUCCUGGAUGGCAGAGUGCUUUACGAAAAGCACACUCAAAUGUGAAAAGGAUGCUCCAAAAGCUCCAACAUCUCUAACAGGCACCAAAGCAGACAGCACUGCAGAAACGUCUCAAAUUCAUCAGGAGCAAGAAGCCAGACAAAAGGAGGAAGAAUCUAAACCUGGUCACCCAGGAUAUGGAGCCAACAAGAAAUUUCCUUACAUCGAUGAAUAAUAGUCACAACAUCUAGUAACAGAUGGCCAAUCCAACUCUUCCGCUUCCCCUUCUGGUUUUCACCUGACCUUCAGUAGUAUCCCCUUUUUAACGAUGAUCGUGAAGUUCUAUGGGAUUAUCUUCAUUGUGAGAGCAGCACGACCAUUUCCCUUUUAUUCCAACAGAAAUGUGCAUACUGUAUCCCAACAGAAAAAUAAAAAUGAUGGCUACUGUAAAUUGGCUUUAAGCUAUAUAGAAAAAAAUAGGGCUCAGCAAUUAAAAAAGUUCUGAAUAAUUAAGAACUUUGUAAAAGCAAUAUCUUUUUAUUUCAAUAGGUUCUUUAUAAUGCAGCAAGUGAAACCAUUUUCAAAUUCACUUCCUGUGUAUCUUAAAAUAUGGGUUUCUAAUAAGUACAACAGAGAUCAUCAGGAACUUUUUAACAUGUAUUGUAUAACAAUCUUAAACCAACCUAUAAUAUUGUAUGUUUUCAAAGCACAUAUCGUUUACAUGGUCAAAUAUGACAUCUUUGUAAAGCAGAACACAAAAGUAAAUACUAAUUGCACUUAAAGGCUAACAAGCAGCACAUUUGCCUUGCAGUAAAAAAAAACUGUGAGUUAUUACAUAACAUUUCUAUAUGUUAAAUUUAAAUGUAUGAUGAUCACAUUACCCAGGAAUAUGAAACAAAUCACAAAUUACCAUUAAACCCACUUAUUUCAGCCAAAAUUGCAGAAAAAAAUACAUCUUUUACAGACAUUAAUGAUGGUCUGCCUGUUUCAUUCCAAAUGUCUGAUCAUGAUUUGUGAUUUUAAACCCAGCUUUCUCAGAUGAUCUGAGGCUUAACCAACAGAAUGCAGCACACAGAUUUUAGACUGUACACCACAAGUUUAUUAACAACAUUCUUCAUAACAUACAUAAAAUAGGCAGUGAUGUUUUGAUUUAAACGCAGAGUAAUACAUUUGUUCUGUUUUAAACUAACUUUGCUCAAAUAUCUUUAGACAUGCACUGAUUUGAAAGCUUUGCUACCAGCUCUCAUAAAUAUCCAGCGUACUGCAUCCCAGUGGAUUGACGUCUCCAGAUAGAGACAGUGUGACUUAUAGAACAGUGUGUUAUUUGCUUUUUGUUUUACUGAUUUGAAAAAAAACCCCCAAAAAAUCAUUUUUCUUGCUUUCUUUUUUUCCAUGUCCAUAGUGAUUAUGUUAGAUAAGGGUUUGUCCUCAUGAUGCGACACUAAUCUUCAAUCAUUUUCUCUGAACUGUUAAAAUGCAAACUGUGGAUUUAAUAAAAUCAUUUUCCAAAGAC